AUGAAGGUGCGCGGGGCCGGGACCGCCAUCGCCACCGGAACCGGGACCGGGAUCGGCAGCGGGGGGGAGGCGGAGCGGCGGGGAGCGGCUCCGGUGGGGACCCGUUGCCGACGGACCGGGCUGGAGCGUUGUCUCGGGGCUGUCCCCCCCGCCACGCCGCCGCCGGUGUCACCCGGUGGUUCCGGUGGGGACAAUAAGCGGUUGUCGGUGCUGCUGAAGAAGAUGCACUUGUUCCGGAGCUCCAGCUACGAGAUCAGGCUGGAGGGAGAGGGGGGGAGCCUGCCCCGCAUCCAAGGCAUCCGCUGGGAUUACAUUGCAUUCCAUUGCUUUGCAUUGUGGAUUUCAUUGCAUUUCAUUGCGUUUGCCCUUCUUUUUGGGGCCACCAACACUUUCUGUUUGCUUUUCCAGACUCCGCUUUUGGAUGCUGAAUCCUCCCUGGAUUAUGGACACAGCCUUACCCAGGCAUCCUCGGAGAAGAUCUGGAGAGCUGGAAAGCUCCUCUUCACCUACCUCACCAGCACCAGCCCCAGCCUCAUCCGGGACCAUAAGCAUCACCUGCGGCACCACAGGAGGUGCUGCUCUGGAAAGGAGCUGGUGGACUGGAUGCUGAAUGCAGAGCUGGGCAUCCAGACAAGGAGCCAAGCCAUCGGCGUGGGGCAGGUGCUGGUGGACGGCGGGGUCCUGACGCACGUGAAACAGGAGUGGCAUUUCCAGGACAAGGACACCCAGUUCUAUCGCUUUGCUGAGUUGGAGUUGAGCCCCGAAGCCCGCAUGGGGCUGCGGGAUGCGGAGGAGCUGCUGGAGGCGGUGACCUUCCUGGCACAGUUGGGGCCUGAUGCACUGCUCACCAUGGCCCUGCGCAAACCGCCUGCCCAGCGCACAGAGGAUGAGCUGGAACUCAUUUUUGAGGAGCUGCUCCACAUUAAAGCCGUGGCUCACCUCUCCAACUCGGUGAAGCAAGAGCUGGCGUCUGUGCUGAUGUUCGAGUCACACCAGCGAGCCGGCACCGUGUUGUUCAGCCAAGGGGAUAAAGGCACCUCGUGGUACAUCGUCUGGAAGGGUUCGGUGAACGUGGUCACCCAUGGCAAGGGCUUGGUGGCCACGUUGCAUGAAGGGGACGAUUUUGGGCAGCUGGCACUUGUGAACGAUGCUCCCCGAGCAGCCAGCAUCAUCCUGAGGGAGGACAACUGCCACUUCCUGAGGGUGGACAAACAGGAUUUCAACCGCAUCCUCAAGGACGUGGAAGCCAACACCAUGCGCCUGAAGGAGCACGGGAAGGUGGUGCUGGUGCUGCAAAAGAACCUGCAGGGAGGCAGCAGCCAGCCGGCCACGACGCGGAGCAGCAGGUACCUGGUGAUGGCUGGGACACCAGAGAAGAUCCUGGAGCACCUGCUGGAGUUCAUGAGGCUCGACGCCACGCUUUACGACCCCGUGGACACACUCCUGGGGGAUUUCCUGCUGACCUACACUGUGUUCAUGCCGACCUCACAGCUCUGCAGGGCUCUGCUGCAUCAUUUCCGCGCAGAGCCGCUGGAUGGCUCAGAGCAGGAGAAAGCCACCUACUGCCUGCACAAGCGCCGCAAGAUCCUGCGCCUGGUGAGCCAGUGGGUGCUGCUCUACGGGCGGCUGCUGCAGGGCGACCGCAGCACCACGGCUCUGCUGCAGAACCUCGCUGACCUGGUGAGCCAGGACCCUCGGCUGGGGGCCAUGGUGCAGGAGCAGGAGCGGCGGCGACCCCGAGCGAUGGAGAAUGGGGACAGCAGCAUUUCUCCCCAGCCCAAGUCUCGGAGCUCCAUGAGCUGGCUCUCCAGCCAAGACGAGGCGGCUUUGAGCAGCAGCUGUGCCUUAAGAGCCCAGGAUAAAGUGCCCUACGAGAUCUACAGAGCUGACCAUUCGUGCCUGGUGACGGUGCUGCCCGUCAACGCAUCGGUGCGGGAUGUGCUGCAGUCCCUCGCUCCACAGCUCGGCUGGGAUGAAGAGCACCUCCUGGUGAAGGUGAAUUCAUCCGGAGAGAAAGUGGGGCUGCAGCUGGACGCCGUGGGGGUGUUCACCUCGCUGGGGCUCAACGAGAGGCUCUUUGCUGUCAGCGUGGAGGAGCUGAGCAGUUUGACCCCCCACCCUGAGCAGUUGGGCCCCCACGUUGGCUCCUCGGACACGUUGGAUCUCAUCAGCUCCAAAGACCUGGCCAGCCACCUCACAGACCAUGACUGGAACCUCUUCAAGAGCAUCCAUCAGGUGGAGAUGAUCCACUACAUCGUGGGGCCACAGAAGUUCCACGAGGUGACGACAGCCAACCUGGAGCGAAUGAUGCGGCGUUUCAACGAGCUGCAGUACUGGGUGGCCACCGAGCUGUGCCUCUGCCCUGAGCUGGGCAGGAGAGCCCAACUGCUGCGCAAGUUCAUCAAGCUGGCUGCACACCUCAAGGAGCAGAAGAAUCUGAAUUCCUUCUUCGCGGUGAUGUUUGGUGUGAGCAACACAGCCGUGAGCCGCCUUGCCAAGACCUGGGAGGUAACAGCCCAUGGGCUCCUGCCACCUCCCCUGGGCUCUGCAGUGACAGAUCCGAGUCUCCAUGACAAAGAUCAGGGGUGGCCAAGCUCCUGGGUUCCCACAUGAGCUGCAACCCAAGGCCUGGGGAGGCAGGGAGCGCAUUUCCCAUGAAGAUCAGGAUGCAACUAUUGGAAGGGACCUUAAAGAUCAUGGAACCAUGGGAUGGUUGGGUUGAAAGGGUCCUUAGGGAUC